AUAAAUUUCACAUUUUUUUACAAAUUAUCGUUGUAAUUUCUGAAAAAGAAAGUUUGUAUCGCCUGUCGAAACAUCGCCAUUUCUUUUAAGAAAGUUCACUCCGAUAGAUUAAUUAAUCUUCACGGCUCUAAUUAAAAGAAACUUUUUUCUCACUAACUAACUUCGCCGUAGAAGUAGAAACAAUUUCGCGUGAAAAUGUCAACAGCGGCCAGACGGAGGCUUAUGAGAGAUUUCAAAAGAUUGCAAGAAGACCCACCAGCUGGUGUCAGUGGAGCUCCGACUGAGAAGAAUAUCAUGUUAUGGAAUGCUGUCAUUUUUGGCCCACACGAUACCCCGUUUGAAGAUGGUACCUUCAAACUGACCAUGGAAUUCACUGAAGAGUACCCUAACCGACCACCCACUGUUCGAUUCGUUUCCAAAAUGUUCCAUCCUAAUGUCUAUGCUGAUGGCAGCAUAUGUCUAGACAUACUGCAAAACAGAUGGAGUCCGACAUACGAUGUUUCGGCCAUUCUCACAUCUAUACAGUCUCUGCUGCACGAUCCGAAUCCAAACAGCCCGGCGAACAACGAGGCAGCCCAGUUGUACAGAGAGAACAGGAGGGAGUACGAGAAGAAGGUUUCUGCUACGGUGCAAGCCAGCUGGAAUGACGACGACGACGAUUAGAGGGGACUUCGUAGGGGGUUGGGGAUGGCGAUGGUGUGAUCUGAUGGGGAUGUGAUAUGAUGAAAAUAUGGAUAGGAUGUUUGUGAGGUGUAGAAGGUUAUAGAUAAUGUGAUACGGUGGGAUGUGUGAUAUGCUAUGUUGUGGUGCUAGUUGUGUAAUGUUGUUGCACGAGAAUGAUGAUUGGUUGGAAGAGUAAAUGACAUUGUGGAAUGAUGCGGAGUGAUAAAAGAUGAUGAUUGUAUGGUGAUGAAAUGUUGGUGUUGUUUUAAUAAGGUUGCUGAUUGAACAUAAUAAAAAUGAUGAACGUUUGGUGAUAAUUGUGAUUAUAAUGAUGUGAAUGAUUGUGUAGUUUCAUUGUCGCUGAUACAUCAAGGGUGGUGAUGACCGCGAGAAGGAGAAGAAAGAUUUUGUUUUGGGUGGUUCACUUAUAUUAUUUUUUACAUUUACAAAUGGUCUGAAAUAAUUUCUUUGUUGUUUAUUCAUUUCCAAAAGCUUUAUUAUUAGCAUUGUUACUUAUCUAUAUUCAAGUUGUUAUCAGUUGUCAAUAUUAUUAUUAUUAUUAUUAUUAUUAUUUUUUUGUUAUUGUUUUUUUUAUGUAUUAUUAUUUUUAUUAUUAUGGAUUUUUUUGUUAUUCUUGUUUUUUUAUGUAUUGUUAUUAUUAUUGUUGUUGUUGUCAUUAUUUUGAAUAAU